GAAGAAAACCGAAAAGAAUUCAAGAUGGCCGCCGCCCCUGCCGACAGCAGCUUGAGCAGUGAAUUAGAGUGUGCCAUCUGCUCCGAUCAACUGAAACAGCCGAAGUAUAUCGGUUCCUGCAACCACACAUUCUGCAAGGAGUGCAUCGAUAAGUAUUGGGUCUCCCUUGAGAAGCGGAGAACAAUUCCUUGUCCACAAUGCCGCGAAGAAUGCCCAAUCCCGUCAAAUGGCGUGGAUGACCUGAAGGAUAACUUCAUGGUAACCAACAUCAUAGAGACAUAUCGAAAGCAACAACAGAAAGCUGCACUUCUCACGGAAAUCAAAUGUACCUUGUGUCGGAAUGGAGCGUCCUGUUUUUGCAAAGAUUGUGAUUUAAAAUUAUGUCCUGAAUGCAAACGAAACCAUGACCGUAACCCCCAAAAUCAUGACCACCACUUAUUUGGUCUCUGCCGCUCCCAUGGCAAUGGAUUGUUGUUUUUCUGCAAUCCUUGCAAACAGGCUGUCUGUGGUGUCUGCAGAUUAUCUGAUCACAAAGACUGUGUCCACGAGGUGACACCAAGCCGUCAAGUUGCUAUCAACUUAAUAUCAAGAAUCCAAGCCUGUUCGGCUGAACUAGAAGACGCGAUUAGGACUCAACUUGGAAACCAAGAAACGAAACUGUCGGGGCUUCGUGACAUUGUCCAGCAACAGUCGACUUCCGCUGAAAAGCAAGCGACUGUCGGUACCGAAAAUAACAUAGCUAAGAAUAGGAAAGACAUCCGGGAUCACCAGGCAAAGAGUCAAACGAUACAAAAGAAAAUCGAUAUCUUAUUGAAGGAAAAGGAGAAGGAGGAUGAAAUUACAAAGCAACUCGUCAAAGACGUAGACAAACUCGAGAAAGAGAAGGCAAAAAUCAUCGCAAGCGUCAGAGAGAAGUUCACCAAAUCAUCUGAGAAGAUCAACCUACGUCUUCGAUCCCUUGAGACCCGUAGGCAAGAAAUGAAAACAAAAAUAGAGCAGGGCCGAGCAGUAGGAUCUACCAAGAUCACCAUUGAUACCGAGAGCAUUGCUAACCUGACCAGUAUCAGUCAGGAACUCGUGGACUUAGUCGGUGCUUUAAGGGACAGUGACACUGUGGCUGUGAUAGAGGAAGUCACGAGAUCGAUCGGUAAAACAAAGCGGGAUUUCCGACAAUUGAAGAAGGUGUGUAACUUUACCUUUCCAGGAAAUCGGCCGUGUGCGGGAGUUCUCCGAUUGAAGCAUCUACCUGACUCUCGCCUUGCUACAUUAGCCCGCUCUAGUGGUGGUUGGGCGGACACGAUUUACUUCCAUGACGAAGUAUCUUCUUCACUGACGGGCACAAUCACAGAGGGAGUUUACCCUGCUAUUGACAUGGCCUUCACAUCCACUGGUGAAGUAGUAGUGGCAAGACAUGAAAAGCCGCCCAUUGGAGUGUUCAAGCCUGCCACUGGUGCAAACCGUGAUAUUAACAUUACCCAUGAUGGGGAGGUGAUUGAUGAGGUGUGGUCGGUUGAGACUGAUGAGUCUGACAACAUGUUUGCCUUAAUUUCUUUCAAUAAUUCACGUCUUCUUGUUGUGAAACCGAAUGGCACCGUCAUUCAGUGUAUUAGGUUCCCUGGACGUCCUUACUGUAUGGGUUUCUGUUCACUGAAUAGAACCCUAUACAUCGCUGUUGGUGACAGGAUCCUGAGGUUUCACUGGAGUAAUAACAUCCUUGAAGAGAUCUCAUCAUGUUCACACGGCGUGAAAGGAUUCUGUUGCUGUGAUGUUUGUAUUGGUAGUGGUGGCGAGGUGUUGGUGGCUGGUUGGAUGGGGAAUGGUGAUAGCGUUAUCUACCAGGUGACAGAAGGAGCAGAUGAGUAGGACAUGGUAUGGAGGGAGAUAGAGUAUCAAGAUGGUGUGAAGAGAACAGGUCGUUCCUCGCCACAUAUCUGCAUCAAUGAUGAUCAUCUCUGGCUUACAUAUAAUAACAAGCUUGAAAAGGUCAAGUUGGUUUAAAUAUUGGGCGUAUGUAGACCUACAUUUUUGUGUUGACACCACCCUACAGUCUUAGAUAACAUAAGAAGCAUUCAUGUACCAGGAUCGGAUCUAGCGGGAUACAACGUCUUCGAAAAACCUGUUCGUCAUACAGAUUUAGACGCUUUUGUGACACAAUCUGGUGUUAAAUUGCCAAAAAGUUAAAAACGGCCCCGGAUACCAUUAGAUGGAUAAGAAAUGUUGAGUAAAUUGGAUAGAUAUUUGUCAUGUAAUAAUUGUGCGAUAGAAGUACUGGUAGACGUUGUUUGGCACCAUUACGACAUUAGGUCCAUGUUCAUAGUUACAGCCAAAAUGCGUUUUUUCCUAUGAUGCAUGCAGUACAGCUUCCUCUUUUUAAAAUUCUUUGAAAUUGUCAUUGGUAUAAGAUCAUAUGAUAUUGGAAAAUAUCUUCUUAGCGUAUUUUAUGAUGGGAUUUAUUGAUAUACUAUUGGUUUAUUGGGACUGGGGGUAACUAUAUACCUUAGAUCUAGCAAAUCUUCCUCCCUUACUCGUCAUGUUGGAAAAAAUGCGCCGUUUUAUGCAUCGAUUUACGUGUAACUUUGUAUUGCUAUAUCAAGAGACAACCCCAUACGGUGUCCUCCAAAACUAUCAGCCAAAACCGUUGGCGAAGCUCAAGCAUGAGAAGACCACAAAUGCGGCUCUGACUCUUCAGUAAGGAAAUCACAUGACAACAUCAUUCCAGCACGAUGAACAUCGGCAACUGGUCACCCAUUUGAUCGGCUGGAUUCGUUUAUUUCCCACCAAAUGACGACACUCGCGUCAAUGCAGCUGAGUACGUCCUCAUCUGACAAGAGCCAGAUGUCUGGGCGCUUAUGUUCAAAACAAUUUCACUAACACUGAUGGACUCUUUAAAUUUACUUCACAUAAAUGAAAGUGAUUGCGCCAAGUGACUUGUGAUUAAACAGAGAGCAUUUCAGGUAAUUGACUAUUUGUAAGACUCUGGUUGACACUGGUGUUAGUGACAAAACUUGUUUUGAACACCCAGGCCCACGAGACAAAAUAGAGAAGACAGGCAUGUUGAAACGGAUAAUAAUGUGUUAUGUGUUAUGGCUGUGCCCAGUACAACACCUUGUCAAUAGAUGUCGUAUCCAGCCAUGCCUUGAUGACAGCUAUUCCAGAUCAUAAAGAAAUUUGUUAUUUACCAUUGUCCAUUGGCUACACAAUAAAUACAUCGCAAGCUAAUGCGACACAAUAUCGUCUUUUACGGGACGUAAAGGGUGUAUUGUACGUGCCUUGCAUAAUUCAAUCAAGUAGUGUAAAUCACUGAUGUGUAUCAAGAUACCCUAGUGAAGACACCUUUCGGUGUUCUUAAUAAAUCUAAGCCUAUGCUGUUGUCAUUCAAUAGCCAACCAUGAA